AACCGUCAGGCUCAGAGCUGUGCGUAUUGCGUAACACUCACGUCGUGACGUCGUCAACACUGCAGUCUCACAUAGCAGCUGCAGUAGCAGAAACACAGCGCGCCCAUCAAAACCUCUGUACUUCCAACCAACUAACAUUGAAGAAAAGGAAAGGACCAUAAUGGAGGCAGCAUCUUCCCAGCUGGACCCAGAACUAAUUAGGGAGGUUCUUGAAUGCCCUAUAUGCCUGGAGACCUACAACCAGGAACAAAUGAGACCCAAACUCCUGCAGUGUGGUCACACAGUGUGCAGGCAGUGUCUAGAGAAGCUGUUGGCUAAUACUAUCAAUGGUGUGCGCUGCCCCUUUUGUAGCAAGGUCUCCCGUAUGAGCAAUAUCUCCCAGCUGGCCGAUAAUCUAACUGUGCUCAAGAUCCUAGAUUGUACUACAUCCUGCAGUGCUGCUGCUGCUGCCCUAAUGUGCAAGUCCUGCUGCAACCGCCUACCACGACAGUACUGUCAUGAUUGUGCCACAGUCCUCUGUGAGCUCUGUAAAGGGGAGGGCCACCUGCAUCAAGGCCAUUCAGUCCAGCCGAUUAGGGUGGCUGCUGAACAGCGUCGUAAAGAACUGGGUGGCAAGCUGACUACUUUGCGUGAUGUUAUGGGUGAAAUUCAGAAGAAAAAGACAGCUAUUGAAAACAUUUCCAAGUCUUUGAGACUAAAGUACCAGGUAGUGCACCAGGACUAUACUACAGCUGAGCUACGUCUUCAAGAGGAGCUCAAGAGGUCUCGAAGAGCAUUCACAGCGUCCAUGGCAGAAGUAGAAAAGCUAAAUGGGCAGGUCCUGGAGGAGCAGACAUAUCUCCUUAACAUUGCGGAGGUGAAAGUGUUGUCACGCUGUGAUUAUCUGACAAUGCUGGUGAGGCAGAGUGAUAUCGCUUUGCUGAAGGAUGAUGGCGGAGGCAGUGAUGAUGAAGAGCUGGAUCUGAGGAGCAGCUUACCCACCAUGUUUAAGCUGCAAGAGCCAGAACUGGUCAGAAAAGAACACUCUAAACCUGUAGAAGUGGGCCAAUUGACCACAAAUACUUUUACUGUCAAUACAGACGAUGAGGCGAGUCAGCUGGAGAUGGCACUUGAAGGUGAUGUAGAGAGUGUAGCUGGAGUAGUAGGGGCUAUAGGUGGUGCAAGGGGGGCUCCAAUGGAUAUUUACAGAGACAUUGACAUGGUUGCAGCUGAGGAGGCAGUAUGUGGUUCACCAGGCAGCUUUAAGUCAAAAUCCAUGGAUGCAGGCGGGGGAUCACCCGGAGGAGCUGGAACAAGCGCAGGGCCCCCAGUCUGCCAGUUUGUGAAGAAGAUGGGCUGCAAGGGAACUUUACCUGGCAUGUUCAAUUUACCAGUCAGCAUCUGUGUAACAUCACAAGGUGAGGUCCUGGUAGCUGACCGUGGCAACUACCGCAUCCAGAUCUUCAAUCGCAAAGGUUUCCAGCGUGAAAUCCGCCGCAACGCUAGUAGCAUCGACAACUUUGUCCUGAGCUUCCUUGGGGCUGACUUGCCUAACCUCAUCCCCUUGUCCAUUGCUGUCACUCCUCAAGGCCUGAUUGGCGUCACUGACAACUACGAUAACUCAGUUAAAGUCUACACUAUGGAUGGACACUGUGUGGCUUGCCAUAAGAACCAGCUGAUUAAACCCUGGGGCAUUACUGCCAUGCCGUCAGGUCAGUUUGUGGUGUCAGAUGUGGAAGGUGGCAAGCUGUGGUGUCUAGCAGUGGACCGCAAUGUAGGUGUGGUCAGCUACAACAGAUUGUGCUCUGCUGUGCGGCCAAAGUUUGUGACAUGUGAUGCAGCUGGAACAGUCUAUUUCACCCAGGGCCUGGCCCUGAACUUUGAGAAACGCCACAAUGAACCCCACCUGGAGGGUGGCUUCUCUAUUGGCUCAGUGGAUACUGAUGGCCAACUAGGCAAGCAGCUCAGCCAUUUUUUCUCAGAGACAGAGGACUUCCGCUGUAUCACUGGCAUGUGUGUGGAUGCCAAUGGGGAUUUGCUGGUAACGGACAGUGGCAGGAAAGAAAUCCUCCAGUUUCCCAAAGAGGGUGGAUUCAAAAUUCUCAUCCAGGAAGGGCUGACCUGCCCUGUGGGAGUGGCCACCACCCAGAAAGGACAACUGCUAGUGCUGGAUUGUUGGGACCACUGUGUUAAAGUCUACACAUACAUUCAGAGGAGGCACUCCUCCACUUCCUAGAGGAACAAUCCAGUCCACAUGAGCAUGAGAGGUUUAGUAGGUAUGUGUUGGUAGGUGUGUAUAGAAGUUUGGAAAAGGUAGAAACCCACUGUUAUGUCACUUUAGUUUGGCUGCAGUCCAAGAAAUUCUCACUCCAGCUUUAUUGGGUUAUUAAAUUAAUGUUCUAGUCAGUUUGGUUCAAUUUAAAGCCUACUGGAUUUUAAUUUAAUACCUCAAAUUAAAAAUCAGAUACUUAAGCUGCCUCCUGAUUAUGUUAAUGGAUCACAACACUAAAACAGACAAACUUUUUACAUCAAAGAAUACUGACACAAGUUGUCACAUUAAAAUAAGCGAAAUAAGCCAUUGAUGUCAAAGCUAAUGCAGGCACAAAGUACAGAUGAUUUUCUUUCCUCUAUUACUGAGUGCUAUAUCCACCAUUCAGCCUGACUGAUGCAUAGCUUUUCACUGAUAUGCUUCAGCUUUGCAAAAGAAAAAUGUGAGAAGGAAGAAUUGAAAAUGAACAUGUAUUUACAUGAAAUAAAGCAUAUCGAGGCUUUUGGCCUGUGAAGCACUUUAUUAUUGACACGACCUAGUGUUAGGUUUUAGUAGCACAGACUAACAUUGAUGUUGCUGAAUGCAGCUGGCAGCUUUAAAGUUUACUGUGCAGUUAGCUAAUGGCAAAACAGUAACCAAGAAUUAGCAUUCAUUGAAUUGCAUUCAGUAACAUUCAGGGAACAUAAAGUGUAGAAUAUUAAGUUACCUACAGGAAAGAGAGCAAUGGUGAUAUGUCAUAUACUGGGGUUCUGUGGGUUUAAAUUUACUGACAUUGUCAGGAAAAAAUCUUUGGCCAAUAAUAGUAAAAAUGAAGUCACCAUCAUCUAUUAAAUUAGUCAAUUUUUGUUAGCUGACCAUUAACUUUAGCUGAGUUAAUGCAAUCAGAAUUUGGGUUACUGAUGUUUAAUUUGUAGACCACAUUAUUAUUAGCAUUUUUUUCCAGUACUUAUUAAUACUGCCUGGCUACCCUGUGUACAUCAGCCACAACCUGAGUAACCAGUUGAGAACAGGACAUUUUCAGAGCAAAGGUUACUAAAAUCUAAACUGAAAGCCUUCUCCUAGUGACUUCCCAGCCACAGCCUCAUUUAUGUCACUAGGGGGCAGGUUGCCAUCUGCAAGAUAAAAUUCAGGUCAAGUGCUCUGGAGCCUAUUCUAGCUGUUCUGCUCAGUCAUACAUCUCACUGCAAUUUCAAUCCUCUACAUCUCCUUCUGCUGGCUUUUUGUUUAACCUGCAGCAUUAAAGUUAGCUUUGAGCAGUUGUUUACUUAUGAUCGUAAACAUUGUAGCGCCUAGUUUGAGUCCUACUUCUCAGACAGAACUGUGUCCAUUAUGAACAGAGUUGCAAAGGUCUCAGAUUACCUUUGUAACUUGGAAAGCCCUUAAAAUGUCAAGGCUCUGAUCUUUCUAUUCCCUGUGGGCGUACGUUCAGCUACAUCACACUGUUAUCUAUAAAUUACUUUUUGUUGCUAUGCCAGUAUAGCCAACACUAAAUAGCUCCAGCACCCAGACCACAUUAAGCAUAAGGAUACAGCAGACAUCUACAACUUGAAUAAUGUUUACAAACUUUGUUCAAACCUGGUGUUUAUUCCAGAGAACUUGUCCCAUGCCAUUGUUUCCUCACACCUGGCUUGUGGUUACAGUCUUUCGAAGGGAUCACUGGCAGGAGUGUUCAGAAUAGCACUGCUAGAAUAAUGAUGAGUGAAAACUCCAGCAUCACACACACCAAACCUUGUUACACUGGGAUGUUGGUCCCAUGUUUUUAUGUCUCCCUCAGGUUUUUAUGAAAUCACUAGACAACUGGCAACCUGAGUUUUUCCAGUGUUGGUAGAUAUGGUAAAGACAACAGCCAUAUCCAGUAAUUUGCUUGUUUGUGCUUAUGUUAGUCAACAUUAAAUGCGUCUAUAUCUGCAUGUUUUUUAUUUAUUAUUUUAUCCUGUUGAUUUAUUGAAGUUUUGAGUCCAUACGAAGCAUUAGAAAGAAGAUGCUUUCAGGUAAAAUAAUAAUACGAGACACCUUUAAAUCAAAAUAUUUAGUGGCCUAAAUGUGGGGAAUCAAGUUAAUCAUUGAAACCCACCCAUCAAUACUGUAUGUAACAUAUUAUAUGUCUAUAAAGUCGUAAAUAGCAAAUAUGCCUGCUCUGAGGCAAUACGUAUCUUCCAGUCCAGGUUUGCUCAUAGAAGCAUAUCGCAUACUGACUCAAGUUCCAGCCUUAAAAAGAAAUAAUUUCACAAAGCUGACCUUAAUUCUGCACCUGGAGCCCCAUUAAACAGCAACACACAAAUAUACAUAUCUGAUAAUCAAACUGUAUCGUAAAUAAGUGUUUUUCAUAUUUCUACAUAAGCAAAGUGAUAAGGAGAAAAAAGAUAGAACUGAAUUUAAGUAUUAGGUGAAGUCUGUCACAGUCAUAUCCAUGUGCAUUUUUGUUUUACAUGAUGUAUUUGUUUUAUUCUUAGGCCAUGUUAUGUCAACACUAUACUAAUAGAUUUUAAUUCAAGAUAGCCUCAGCUGCAUGUCAACCUUGCCAUCAAAACUGAUUAUUUUCAGUAUUUACACUUUAUUCAAGUGGUCACUAGAUGUAGCCAUUAUUAGAGAAUAUUCAAACUUUAAAAGUGACAGAAAAAUGCAUAAAAUGCUAGAAAAAUCAAGUGUCCUUGUGUCAGUGUGCUGAAGAUCAGAGUGUCUCACAUAAUCUUAAUAUGUUGUUUUUUUUAACAUGUCAUUGGAAAGAAUUUCCUUGCAUACUUCUUCACAGUUUAUUAAUUUAUCCUAUUGGAUCGUAAUACUGCAAUAUGUCCAUGAACCAAACUCCCAUGUGUUUAAGGUGUUAUGUCCUUUGGAGGCUGUGAAUUUUACAAUGCGUUGAACACAUUACAGACAUCUCUGUGUAGUCAAAUUCAUGUUUGUAUUGUUGAUUAUCUGAGUGCAAUAAACAUUUAUGAAACAACUAAAA